AAAGGAAAUAUUUCGAGCCCCAUUCAAAUAUUCAGAACGAUAAUGAACAAUUACAGAACCAUUGUUCAGAUGAAGAUCAAACUGGAAAUUCAGAAAGACACAUCAAUACAUAUGUAAGUAAAAUGCCUCGGAUAUGUAUCAAUAGUUCAGAUCAAUUACUGAGACAAAUAAGGUCUCAAACCAGUGAGGAAAGUUUUAAGUGUGAAUUUUGUGGGACAGCAUUCUCUGUAUCAGAUGACUUUGCUGUCUGCAUGAGGACACAAACUGGUAAUGUAUCUUAUUGUUGUGAUGCAUGUGAAAAAACUUGGAACCAAUCAGGUGCCUUACAGAGAAAUACGAGGAUAAACACAGAUAAAACACGUUAUAAAUGCGAUGUAUUUGAGAAGUCAUUCUGUGAGUCACAAAACUUGCAGACACACAUGAAUACACACACAGCUGAAAAGCCUUAUAAAUGUGAAGUGUGUGAGAAGACAUUCAGUUGGCCAGGGAAUCUAAAGAGUCACAUGAGGACACAUACUGGUGAAAAACCAUACAAAUGUGAUGUGUGUGGGAGAGCUUUCAGCCAAUCACAGAACUUAGAGAGUCACAUGAGGACACAUACUGGUAAAAAACCUUUCAAAUGCGAUGUUUGUGAGAAGGCUUUCAACCAUUCACAUAUCUUACAGACGCACAUAAGGACACAUACUGGUGAAAAACCAUACAAAUGUGAUGUGUGUGGGAAGGCUUUCAAACAGUCACAAACCUUACAAUGUCACAUGAGAAUACAUACUGGUGAAAAACCAUACAAAUGUGAUGUGUGUGGGAAGGCUUUCAACCAGUCACAGAACUUACGGAGUCACAUGAGGACACAUACUGGUGAAAAACAUUACAAAUGUGAUAUGUGUGAAAGGACUUUUUCUGUAUCAUGCAACUUGCAGAAACACAUGAGGACACAUACUUGUGAAAAAUCUUUUAAAUGUCAUGUAUGUGGGCAGGCAUUCAAGAGAUCAAAUAGCUUACAAUUACACAUGAGUUCACAUACAGGUGAAAAACCUUAUAAAUGUGAUUUGUGUGGAAAGGCAUUCAAUCAGUCAAAUCACUUACAGAGUCACAAGAAGAUACAUACAGGUGAUAAACCGUUUAAAUGUGAUGUGUGUGGGAAGGCAUUCAGAGAGUCACAUGACUUACAGAGACAUGUGAGGAUACAUACAGGUGACAAACCAUAUAUAUGUGAUAUUUGUGGCAAGGCAUUUAACCAUUCAGGUCACUUACAUAGACACUUGAGGACACAUACAGGUGAUAAACCUUAUAAAUGUAAUAUGUGUAUUAAGGCAUUCAGUCAGUCAAGUCACUUACAAAGUCACCGGAGGACACAUACGGGAGAUAAACCGUUUAAUUGUGAUGUGUGUGGGAGGGCAUUCAAACGGUCAGAUGACUUACAGAAACAUGUGAGGUUACAUACAGGUGACACACCAUAUAAAUGUGAUGUUUGUGGCAAGGCAUUUAACCAUUCAGGUCACUUACAGAGUCACAUAAGGACACAUACAGGUGAAACACCUUAUACAUGUGAUGUGUGUGGAAAGGCUUUUAACCGUUCAAGUUCCAAACAGAGACACAUUAGGAUACACACAGGUGAAAAAAAACUUAUGAAUGUGGUGUUUGUGGACAAACAUUCAGCAGAUUAGAUACCUUAAAAAACACAUGAGGAUUCAUAUAAGUAAUAGCAUAUAAACGAAGUUGGCAUUGUCAGACAAAAUACCAUGUAAAUGAACAUCAGUGAUAUACCUAUUUAUGUGAGCUGUUUUCAAAUCAGAUUUAUCAAAGAAGAAUAUGAAAUGACAAAUAA